AUGGAGGGGAGACCCGAGUAUAAGGUCCUGAGUCACAGCAGAGUAGGAGGGAAGGAACAGUGCAGGGUACUGGAACCCAAGCGGGAUGACAAGGGCGUCCAUGUAGGGACUAUGGAGAAAAGCGCUGCCUCCUUCCCUGAGCCCUGCUGCCUCCGGCCACCAAGCCACCCUGUCCAGCCGCUGCUACGUGGCUCUAGCACGCCCUCCUGUGGCCGCUUAGGGCGUCGGCAUCCCGAAUCCCCACGCCUCGCCUCCCUGCUUCCAACAAAACCAGAACCCAUUUAUGGUUCUGUUACAGAAAAGCAUCUUGAGGAAGGAGAUGAAGUUGACUGCGUUCUCCUUUCAGCGUCCAAGAUCCUAAAUUCCUCUGAGGGGGUGAAGGAAAGCGGUGGCAGUGAAACAGGUAAAACCUCCAAGGCCAAGGCUCCAAUGGCAGUGAUAUUUCUGUCUUUUACUACAGGUCCUUCAGCAUCAACUGGAAUCAUUUCAGGCUCUCCGAAUACAGACCUUGCAGAAUGUCAGCAUGCAAUUUAUCCUUUAAAGGUGCAGUCUGAAAUCAGUGAAAUAUUGAACAAAAGUAUUAUUGAAGUAGAAAACCCACAGUUUAGCUCAGGGAAAAAUCUAGUAUUCAAUACACACAUUGAAAAGCCUAUAGAGAAUCAAGAAGCAUUCCUUUCUAUGGAGAAAAGUCAUCAUUUUGAGGAUUCCAGGACUCUUCAUUCAAUGGAAGAAAAACUCAGUAGCAAUAAUGUCAACAGUCUCUCUCAAGGUAUAAAUAUUCCAUCCCAGAUACAUUUCAAGGACAUAUUAACUCUAAGAACUUCAACAGAUAAUUCAGCUUCAAGCAUAAUUAUGAACCCUUCAGAAAAUUCUGACAUGUUGAAGAAUUAUAAUAACCUUUAUAGCUGUCUGCCUAAUGCACCUCAAAACGUGAUGUCUCAAGCUGAUACAGUAAUUCUGGACAAAUCCAAAAUUACUGUGCCUUUUCUCAAGCAUGGAUUUUGUGAAAAUUUAGACAAUAUUUGCCAUUCUAUCAAACAAAUGAAGGAAGACCUUCAACAGUCACACGACAAGGAACUGGCACUUACAAAUGAACUUCAUACUUUAAAAACUGAUACAAAUGUUCAGAGUAAUAGUAAAUAUGACCUGUCCCCCAUCCACAAGGAAAAAAUUAAUUUUAUCAAGGAAGAAAAUAUAGAAAAUAACUUAAAUGAAGAUAUAAAAUCAAAGAGAAUUUCAGAAUUAGAGGCAUUAGUAAACAAAUUACUCCCACUCAGGGAAACAGUGUCAAAACUCCAUGUGAAUUUUUGUAGGAAAUGUAAAAAAUUAUCUAAGAGUGAAACACACAGGGGAAAGAAGAAUGAGAAAAACAAUAAAGAAAUCCCUAUUACCGGCAAGAAUAUUACAGAUUUAAAAUUCCAUUCCAGAGUUCCAAGACAUACACUGUCAUUCAUUGACUCAACAAAAUGUGAAAUAAAAGACAAAGAAAGGCAACCAUUUGUGGUAAAACAAGGAUCAAUAAUAUUUGAAAAUGAGAAAACAUCCAAAGUCAAUUCUGUUACUGAGCAGUGUGUUGCAAAAAUGCAGUACUUACAGAAUUACCUAAAAGAAUCCAUGCAGAUACAGAAAAAAGUAGCAGAACUAGAGAAUGAAAAUCUAGCCCUUAAGACCAAAAUGAAACCUCUUGUAUUUACCACACAAUCUCUGAUACAGAAAAUUGAAAUGUAUGAAAAGCAACUUAAGAAUUUGGAUGAAGAAAAGAACACUCUCCACUCCAAAUUAAUUAAAACAGAAGAAGAUGGCAAAGAAUGUCUUAAAGAAUUGAAAAAAAUUAUUGGUAAAUACAAUGUUCUCCAAGGACAAAAUAAAACUCUAGAGGAAAAAAAUACUCAACUGUCUUUGGAGAAGCAACAAAUAAUAGAAACAGUCGAUCAACUAAAAGAUAGGGAACACAAAACUCAAAAUGAUAUGGCUAUUGUCAAUAAUGAAAAUAAUCGAAUGAGUACAGACAUGGAAUCAAUGAAAACAAAUCUUCUAUUGAUACAAGAUGAAAAGAAAAUGUUAGAGAAAAAAACACACCAGCUUCUAAAGGAAAAAAGCUCACUUGAAAAUGAACUAAAAGAAAACAAGCUAGAGAUAAUGCAGCUAAAAGAGAAAGAAAGAUUGGCAAAAACUGAACAAGAGGCACUUCUUCAAAUAAUAGAAACAGUUAAAAAUGAAAAAAUUAAUCUUGAAACAACAUUACAAGGAUCUACUGCUGCUAGACAAAUGAUGGAAAGAGAAAUUGAGAAUAUUCAAACAUACCAAUCUAAUGCAGAAGAGAAUUUUUUGAAGGAAAUAAAAAAUGCAAAAUCAGAAGCAAGUAUGUAUAAGAAUAGGUUAUCUGAAAUGGGCAAUGAAUGUGAAAUGUUAUCAAAACUGGUAAUGGAAAUUAAAGCAGAUAAUCAGAUUCUAAAAGAAGAACUAAAAAAGCAUAGUCAAGAAAAUAUAAAAUUUGAAAACAGCAUCAGCAGACUUGAGGAAGACAAAGUACUUUUAGAAAACUAUGUAAGAAGUAUAGAGAAUGAAAGGGAUGCCUUGGAAUUUGAGAUGCGGAAUCUGCAAAGGGACUAUUUAAAUCUAAGUGAAAAAACCUGUAGUCAGCAUAGUGAUCUACCAAAAACUGGUCAUAUUUCAAGAAGAGAGAAAUUCCAUUUUGACAACUAUGACACUUAUGAAGACACCUCUAGUCCCAGGAGUAGGCCUUUAGCUCCUGAUUUGAAAGGUAUGUAUAUUGUGGUGUAUUAGUAGAGAUGUAUUUGAGAUUCCUUUAGCCUAUUGGACACUAGUCAAAGGACAGCAAAAAGAAGGCAACUUUUAAGAGGAACACAAUUUAGUUUUGUAAGAUGUGUAUACGAUUUAUUAUUAUACAUAGUGGAAUUAUUUAGGGAUUUUGCUCUUUUGAUAAAAUUCAUGUUGUUUUAUUUAUAUUACUUCUCUACAUUGUAUAUGCACAAAGCAACUUUGGGAGGGAGCAGGGGUUUUUAUUAUUAUUUUUCUGAAGUAUACUUAGCACUCUCACCUUAAAACAAAUCAUUCUUUUUUUUCCAGGAAUUCCAAGUAAACUCUAUCAAUUGCUUCCCUCCAAGAUAUGUAAAUAAAUUUCUAAAAUUAAUGUUUCAAAAU